CGCAGUAGUAAGUCACUCUUCUUCGCCUCAGUCAGAGCCGCGGCCUUGUCGAGUGCCCUCCCAUUUUGCAUCCUCAGCGUCAGCGUCGUCGUCCUUCUUCCUCCUCCUCCUCCUCGUUAUUGUUUCUCUUCGGACUAGCGGCCCCCCUUCUCUGCCUCGGCCCCAAAGAGAGGCAGGAUGUCGGAACAGACGGGAUUGGCGAUGCCGCCGCAGACCCUGGACAGGAGUUGUUGGGUGUGUUUUGCCACUGAUGAGGAUGACAGAACAGCAGAGUGGGUGAGACCAUGCCGGUGUAGAGGCUCAACAAAAUGGGUUCAUCAAACAUGUCUCCAGCGCUGGGUGGAUGAAAAACAGAGAGGGAACAGUACAGCCCGAGUUGCCUGUCCUCAGUGUAAUGCAGAAUACUUAAUAGUAUUUCCAAAACUAGGUCCAGUUGUUUAUGUCUUAGAUCUAGCAGAUCGUCUUAUCUCUAAAGCCUGUCCGUUUGCUGCAGCUGGAAUAAUGGUGGGCUCUAUCUACUGGACAGCUGUUACUUACGGAGCUGUAACAGUGAUGCAGGUUGUGGGCCAUAAAGAGGGCCUUGAUGUCAUGGAAAGAGCUGAUCCCUUGUUCCUUUUAAUUGGACUUCCCACCAUCCCGGUUAUGCUUAUAUUGGGAAAGAUGAUUCGUUGGGAAGACUAUGUGCUUAGAUUGUGGCGCAAAUAUUCUAACAAACUACAGAUACUCAACAGUAUAUUCCCAGGGAUUGGAUGUCCUGUUCCUCGUAUUCCAGCUGAGGCCAACCCUCUGGCAGAUCACGUCUCUGCUACUCGUAUUCUGUGUGGAGCUCUUGUCUUUCCCACUAUUGCUACAAUUGUUGGCAAGCUGAUGUUCAGCAGUGUUAACUCCAACCUUCAAAGGACAAUUCUGGGUGGAAUUGCUUUUGUUGCUAUAAAAGGAGCUUUCAAGGUCUACUUCAAACAGCAGCAAUAUUUGCGACAAGCUCAUCGGAAAAUUUUGAACUAUCCUGAGCAAGAAGGUGCUUAAAUGGCUUAGGCUGUCAGACUCUUUAACAAUCUCAUCUACUUAUAUUCAGUAGCAUUGUACCAAUUUUAUUAUUUGGCUGAAGGAGCAGAGAUUGGAGGAUAUGCUGCUGAAUGUUGUGUUAUUGUUUUUCCUACAUAGACUAAUAAAGGACUUUAUUAUGGCAGGGUGAAUUCUCUUUAGUUGUUGAGCCUAAGAAUGUGAUUUGUUUUUCACUGCAUUUUUUUUUUUUUUUGGCGGAAGACAUCUAAAUCAUUUUCCUUUGGGCAAAUAAUUGCCUUUUUUUGAAACAGAAGCCAAACAGUUGUAAAAUUAAUACACUGUAUUGAAAUAUCUUUUGUAUGCUUAUUGCAGUAAAUGCACAGUCCUUUGCUACAUGGGCCAAGAUAAGGGACUGCUUGUUUUUUAAUUGCCAAGUGGAAUUUUAAUAUGAGUGAAUAAGGGUUCUUCUCUUAUUCCUUGCUGAA